AUGCCACUGUUUUCGCAGGAACCAUGGCUGACUGAAGAAGAGCUCAAGACGCACCCAUUAGGACCGCUCAGGAAGGAGUUGGCGCCACUUGCUGUGGGAUAUGUUGAAGACGCCAUACAAGAAUUGACGGAGUCUUUAGACUCUUCGACCGUCUAUAAUCCAUUUAAGGAAGUCGAUAUUGACGGAUAUGGAAAAGUUUUGAUUCAUGGCGAAAGAUCAACAGCAUAUCCCAGUUCGGCCCCACCCGCGACUGAAGAACGUCGCACCCCCUCCCAGGAGCUUGAGGACAGAGAUCACCUUCAGAUCAGCGGGGUACUGGUAUGCCACUUACCGGGAGUAGAUGUUGGCGUUGUUAUAAACCAACCGGAGGGGGUUGAUCAAGCUGUACCUAUUCUGAAUGAGGAAAUGGACGGGGAUGAAUUAGAUUUUUUCCGCCAGACGCUAGAGGAGACUAUCGCAGAGUUCGUGCAGACUACCUCUAAGGUGUCAAGUGAGCUAUUCUGGCUGAUCCCUCACUGCUGA